AAAAAAAAAGAACGCUAGUACCCUGGUACACAUAUUGUGGCACGCGAGUCUUUGCGACAACCCCGAAUCUCGGAGAAACCCUCUUGGUAUUGCAGCCUCCCAUCGCCUGCCCCUCUCUGCGACCUUCUCCACCGCCAGCACCAAGCCCGACGCCUCGGCCGGAAGCAGCUGCAGGGACCAUACCGGUCCCCCUGGAAAGGUGAGCCGGCACCGACCUAAACGGCAAAUGGAAGCUUUCUGCGGCGUUUGUUUCUCCAGGGGUCUUCCGGUCGCCGAACCCUGUGUUGCACAUUUCGCACGCUGCACAAGGCCGUUUGCAUCGGCCGCUGUUGUCGUCCCCAUGCCCACCCGUCUGGACGAGAAGGACGGCAAUUUUCACUCGGGUCGACACAUUGGUCGCCUGGCACGCCUGGCUCCAUCCAUUGGACCCAUACCUUGGGCCGAACCACGUUGGAUCAGCCCGGCAGGACCACACAGGCUGCUGCUGAUCCUGAUCGGCGGCGGCCGUUCUAGAAGCCGCAGAUCCACAGCAACAAACACCGCAAGCUGGCAGUGAACGACGGGGUUGGGGGUCCAGACGAUGCGGCGAGAUUGCAUUUGUGACAGCAAUGACGUUGGGUCGCGGGUGCGAGAUGCUACGCCGGCGAUCCGUCCCCCUCUCCGCUCCGUCCCAUGGCGUUUUUGGCUUUCUCGACCAACCGUAGGGGGCUCCACCGGGACGGGAAAGGAAGGUCGUCC